UUUUCAACGCCGGAGAUGAACAGCCAUUCUGAGGGAGGGAAGCACAGGCCCUCUUCCACAAAGAGCUCUGUGACUCUGAUCCACCAGCAGUUCUCUACCGCUGCCCCGUAUGCUUUAGUUGUCAAGCUGUUUCUCCGACUCUGCUGGUCAUUAUUCAUGGCAAUGCUUGCUCAAAUGGACCUGAAGCUGCUCUUGAUAUCCACAUUGUUGGGAGUCUUUUGUUACGGCAACGCUCAGAAAGAGGGGAACGAGUGCAUCAAUGCCAAUGCCAAAUUCUGCGGGGAGUGCAUCCAGGCUGGAGCCAAAUGUGGCUGGUGUAAAGACCCAAACUUCCUGAAACAGGGUGAAACCGUGUCGACCCGCUGUGACGAGCUGCAGUCUCUGAUGAAAAGGGGCUGCGAUGAGGCAAUGAUUGAGAACCCACACGGGGAACAGAUGAUCCUGAAGAACAAAGACGUAACAAAUCGCAGAAAGGGAGCAGAGAAACUGAAGCCAGAGGACAUCACUCAGAUCCAGCCGCAGAAACUCACGGUCACCCUCCGAUCCGGUGAGCCCCAGUCUUUUGACUUGAAGUUCAAACGAGCGGAAGAUUAUCCCAUCGAUUUGUACUACUUGAUGGACCUGUCCUACUCCAUGAAGGACGAUCUGGAGAACGUCAAGAACCUGGGAACCAGUCUGAUGCUGGAGAUGUCAAAGAUCACCUCUGACUUCAGGAUAGGUUUUGGUUCCUUUGUGGAGAAGACAGUCAUGCCGUACAUCAGUACCACCCCGGCCAAGCUGCUGAACCCAUGCACAGGCGAUCAGAACUGCACCAGCCCCUUCAGCUACAAGAACGUGCUGAAGCUGACCAGCGACGGCAAGAAGUUCAACACCUUGGUAGGCCAGCAGCACAUCUCUGGAAACCUGGACUCUCCUGAGGGGGGCUUUGAUGCCAUCAUGCAAGUGGCUGUGUGCGGGGAGCAGAUUGGUUGGAGGAAUGUGACUCGUCUGCUGGUCUUCUCCACUGAUGCUGGCUUCCACUUUGCUGGAGAUGGCAAACUGGGCGGCAUUGUGCUGCCUAAUGAUGGAAAAUGUCACUUGGAGAACAAUGUUUACACGAUGAGCCACUAUUAUGACUAUCCCUCCAUCGCUCACCUUGUUCAGAAGCUGAGCGACAACAACAUUCAGACCAUCUUUGCAGUCACAGAGGAGUUCCAGCCUGUUUACCAAGAACUGAAGAAUCUGAUACCAAAGUCUGCUGUGGGCACUCUGUCUGCCAACUCAAGCAAUGUAAUCAACCUUAUUAUAGACGCUUACAAUUCUCUCUCAUCUGAGGUUAUUCUGGAGAACAGCAAGCUUCCAGAGGGAGUGACCAUAGCUUACACAUCCUACUGUAAGAACGGAGUGGUUAGUGAGGGCGAAAACGGACGGAAGUGCUCCAAUAUCUCCAUCGGAGAUGAGGUCAUGUUCAGCAUCAGUGUGACAUCUAACGGCUGUCCAAAACAAGGCAAGCCUGAGACCAUUAAGAUAAAGCCCCUGGGAUUCACGGAGGAAGUGGAGAUUACCCUCCGCUUCAUCUGUGAAUGUAAAUGCAGCAAGGAGGGUAUCAAGAACAGUGAACUCUGCCACUUCGGUAAUGGGACUUAUGAGUGUGGAGCCUGCAAGUGUAACGAAGGACGUGUGGGCAGACAGUGUGAAUGCAGCAGCAACGACGUGGCCACAGAAGACAUGGACCGGACCUGCCGUAAAGACAACGGCACUGACAUCUGCAGCAACAACGGAGACUGUGUGUGCGGCACAUGUGAGUGCAAGAAGAGAGACAACCCUGAUGAGAGGUACAGCGGCCAGUACUGCGAGUGUGACAACUUCAACUGUGACCGCUCCGGAAACAAACUGUGCGGAGGGCAUGGACGCUGUGAGUGCCGAGUGUGCGUCUGUGACCCCAUGUGGACCGGGAGCGCCUGUGAUUGUUCUCUGGACAACAGCACGUGCAUGGCUAGCAACAAGCAGAUCUGUAACGGCAGGGGGAAAUGUGAGUGCGGCACCUGUAAGUGCACCGACCCCAAAUUCCAGGGUCCCACUUGCGAAACCUGCCCUACCUGUCCAGGAGUCUGUACCGAACACAAAGAGUGUGUCCAGUGCCGGGCGUUUGGCACGGGUGAGAAGAAGGACACGUGCGAGCGAGACUGCAGCAACUUCAGCCUGAUUAAAGUGAAGGACAGGGAGAAGCUGCCCCAGCCCAACGACGCCUCUUACCCUGUGAUGCACUGCAAGGAGAGGGACGCCAACGACUGCUGGUUCUACUACACUUACGCUGUCAAUAACAACACGGAGAGGGAGGUCCAUGUGGUCGACACGCUCGACUGCCCCGCCGGUCCCGACAUCAUCCCAAUCGUAGCAGGUGUGGUGGCUGGCAUUGUCCUGAUUGGCUUAGCCCUGCUGCUUAUCUGGAAGCUGCUGAUGAUCAUUCAUGACAGGAGGGAGUUCGCCAAGUUUGAGAAGGAGAAGAUGAAUGCCAAAUGGGAUACGGGUGAAAAUCCCAUCUACAAAAGCGCUGUGACGACUGUGGUCAAUCCCAAAUAUGAAGGAAAAUGAUGACACCAUUGCUUUCAAUGCACUCUGCUGUCAAGUAUUUGCUGUCUGCAGUAUUCAGUUUGUUUGGAUUCUGAGGGGAACUUGUGGUGGAAUUUAUGUCAUUUUAUCAUUAUAAUGUACCGUUCAGCCACUGCAUCUGUAUUUUUACUAACACUUAUGAUUUAUCUGCAUUUGUUUGUAUUUUAGAUGUACAAUAUACAAUAUGUGUAUAUACUUUUAAGUUGCAUAUCUGCAGAAGCUGAUGAAAUGAUGAUGUUUCUAUCCUGUCACAGGACUUUUUUUUUUUUUUUUUUUCCUCUCACAGUGUGGACAUUAUGGGCAUAGAAUAUAUGUAAAAGAAUUUCUCAGCUUCCGUCUCUCUGUCGGUCCGUCCCUUCUCUCAUCUGUCUCUGUGCACUGACUUUCCGUGUGUUUCUGUGUGUUCCAGACAGGACCUAAGUUUAAUAUGUAAAUUGUCAGCCAUAGCUGUGUGUGUGUGUGUGUGUGUGUGUGUGUGUGUAUAUAGAAAACAACUGCAAAAGAAAAUACUGAAUAAUAUUUAGCGUUCAAAUUAGAUCGGACAGUAAUGUUGAAUCACAAUAAAUUCUGCAGUGGUUAAUAGUUGUAAAUGUAGUUUUAAACUGCAGCUUAGAAACACCCAAUGUUUAAAAUUGAAUGGACUCUUACUGAGUACUGUUGUCUGUCUUGAAGGACUAAAUACACAAGAUGAAUAUUAAUAUCCGCUAUGGUUAUUUGUAUUGUUGAUAUACUAUCACAAAGGGAUUGUAUACCACUUGUUAAAAUUAUGAAACUGUGGCGAUGUCGAACAAUCAGAGGAUUUGUGUCGUUAGAAGUCGCGAUCACCUAAUGAGUUAUCGAUGUAUUGCUAACUGCAGUAACUUUAUUACUCACUCUCAGGUCCUUUCCUGUGUUUUUGUCAAGUAUGCCAAAAAUACGUUUUGUGUCAGCUUGCUCAGCGAACUGGUGAACUUGUUUGUGUGAGCCAGUUUUUGGUUACCUACAUUUUUGUUUUGUUUUUUUUGGUUUUUUAGACUGUAAGAAGGAAUCAAGAGUAUGUCACAUGAAUCACCUCUGAAAUGCUUUCACACCCUGAUGCCUCCGAAGUAAAACACAUCAGCCUUCGCGGUAUUGUUCUUAAAGUGCCUUUUAUUUCAAUACCGUGUUCUCUCUCCGUGCUGUUUAUGAGUUAUUUAUUAAAUAAAGUACAAAAACUGU